UGCUCAAAACACAUCUCAUUGGCUCCCGCUGCUCCAUUUAAAGGAAUUCACCUGGUUUGUCCUUUAAGAUCCUUCAGCAUCUCCUAAGAGGAACUUUAAACGUUCGCUAUUUUCUGAAAGGGACCAUAAAUCUUUGAAGAUCAGAUUCGGAGCGUGGAGCAACGUCUUUGAGACACUUUUAUAUACAGCCUGAUAAUCUCAUCAGUGAUCGAAGAGCGAUUUCAGAGCCGCAAAUAGCAAUAUAUCUUGCCUCACUGAAAUAAAGACAGAUAUUUAUGUGGUGCACGUGGGAUCUCCAUAAGAUUUUAAAGGGGUACUUAGGGACUUUAUUCCAGAUCCAAAGGACUGAGAUAUGAAUGAUUAACACUUUUAUUGACCAGCUGAUCUCGCAUUACUCCAGUCAUGGAACGACGGGGUGCUUUUUUAUAAGUACAUAAUAUUUUUCCCCCCACGAUAUGGAGAGUUCGCCAUGCGCUCCUUUGGGGUUCACUACUGUAGGAAACUUUUAUACCAUGGAUUCAGGAGGGCUUUCAACAAGUUUUAGGGCUCGUUUAUCUUCUGGAACGUGAUUCGAAUUUAUUCUGCGGUUUCGUGAAGUAACGUUAGCUAAUUGCGCAAAGGCUGCAGGAUUUCUAAAGACUUUUUAAAGAGGGUUUGUCAUUAAUUCAUCGCACGGUCCGGAGCAGAUCACAUCGGCUCUUAUGGGAAUUAAACACUCUUCCCGCUGUUUGCUCCUCAGGAGAAAAAUGGCGGAUGUGGAGAGCGCUGAGCAACAGCCUCUGAGUGCCGCCCCGUCUCAGUCGGUCCAGCCAUCUCCUAUGCCCAAACCAGUGUCAUCGGUCCAUCAUGCCCAGCGGCCCACACACCCAUCCCAUGCGCCACACACUCCUCAUUCUGCCAACUUACCCAGCUGCCCUGGCAGAGGAAAGAUGGCCAAGUUCCUCAACCCCGACGAGAUGACCUCCAGGGAUUACUAUUUUGACUCGUACGCCCACUUUGGCAUUCAUGAGGAAAUGCUAAAGGACGAAGUGAGGACGUUGACGUACAGGACCUCCAUGUACCAUAACAAACACAUCUUCAAGGACAAGAUUGUGUUGGAUGUGGGGAGUGGUACUGGCAUCCUCUCCAUGUUUGCUGCCAAGGCCGGAGCCAAGCACGUGUAUGGGAUUGAAUGCUCAAGUAUAUCAGAACACUCUGAGAAAAUCAUCAAGGCCAAUCAUCUGGACAGUGUUAUAACCAUCUUUAAAGGGAAAGUGGAAGAGACGGAGCUGCCGGUAGAUCAGGUGGACAUUAUCAUUUCAGAGUGGAUGGGUUACUGCCUUUUUUAUGAGUCCAUGCUCAACACAGUCAUCUAUGCCAGAGAUAAGUGGCUGAAACCUGGAGGUCUGAUGUUCCCAGACAGGGCUGCUCUAUAUGUGGUGGCCAUUGAAGACAGACAGUACAAGGACUUCAAGAUUCACUGGUGGGAGAACGUUUAUGGUUUUGAUAUGACCUGCAUCAGGAACGUAGCUAUAAAAGAACCACUGGUGGACAUCGUGGACUCAAAACAAAUGGUAUCCAAUGCGUGCCUGAUCAAGGAAGUGGACAUCUACACGGUGAAGCCAGAGGAACUGUCCUUCAGCUCCUCCUUCUGUCUGCAGAUCCAGAGGAACGAUUAUGUCCAUGCUCUGGUCACCUACUUCAAUAUCGAAUUCACCAAGUGUCAUAAAAAGACGGGCUUCUCUACAGCACCAGAUGCCCCAUACACACACUGGAAGCAGACAGUGUUUUAUCUGGAGGAAUAUUUAACUGUGAAAAGAGGAGAGGAGAUAGUCGGCACCGUCAGCAUGAAGCCAAACGAGAAGAACGCACGUGAUCUGGACUUUACCUUCGAGCUGGAUUUUAAAGGUCAGCUAUGUGAGGCAGCUAUCGCUCAUGACUACAAGAUGCGCUAAGUGUCCAGCAGUGGCGAGAGACGGUUCUGACAGCACUCAGAGAAGCAGAGGCUCUGGAUCACAGCUACAGCCCUGCUGCUGGGAAGAGACAGAGGCAGAAAGA